CAGUGCUUCUAGUAUGAAACCAAUAUGUGCACAAUUUGAUGCAGUGCUGAUCUAGUUUAUUUAAAGAAUAUGACAAUAAUUAUUUAUUUAUUUAUACAAGUAUGCAUAAUCUUAAAAUUCCACUGUACUGUGCUGCUCUAAUUGAAAUUAUGGAAAUCCUCGUAAUUGCUGUGUAAGUAGACAAUAUAUAGAUUUGAAUUAAACUCAUGACUACUUAGAACAACAGCUGGUAAUACUACUUGAUAUCUUUAUCGAAAAAUGGCAGAGAACAGGUAAGGGUGUUGUAUAUAUCUACAAAUCCCUUAGCAUGUUUGUGUGAAAUUCUUCUGGCACUAAUUCCCAAAUGCUGUUUAGUCUUUCACUCUAUAUUUGAUCAUAAUAGUUUUUGGUAGAUAAAUUUCAGUCAAGAAUCUGGUUGAAAUAAAAAAAAUUUGUUGAAAAUUGUUGAAAAAGGAAGCAAAAUUAAAAAAGUACAAGAACAAGUAAACAAAACAAAUUAAAAAAACAAACAUUGUUGACGAAGACGAUGAUAAUGUUAUAUAACCCUAACCCUAACUAAAAACUAGAAUAAACAUACAGAACUAGACUGAAAAGUUGUUCUGAAUUUUAUUUAACUUUUAAACAAUGUUUAUUUUCUUUAAUUUAUUUUUGAUUUUUCCUUAUUUCCAAAUAAAAUACCAUUUAACUUUAAAAUAAACAGUCCAGUUUAGAACAAUGUUUUUAUUUUAUUUUUUUUUAAUUUUAAGUAAUUUCUCAAUAAAAUACGAAAAUCCAAAAUAUUGGCAAUUAAAUUGUGGUCAACUUUUUGGCUGAAAGUUUGUUGUGCCAUAAUUUUGGGAAUAAUAUUAAUUGCUAUGGUUCUGAAGCAACAACACGAAAGCAAAAAACAACAAUGACAGAUAAUGUUAGAAGUGUAUUUUUCUUGUUUCAUGUCAUAACUACACUUGAGUUUGGGAAAAGGGGGGAUGUCAGGUUUGGUAUCAGGGGCCCAAACCAGAUGCGUGUGUUUCCAUCCUUACCCUUGGUAAGACGUAUCUCGUGGAAACGUCUGCGUAUCUCGUGGAAAUGCUAACUCACCUGGGGUGUAUCUCGUGGAAACACCUGGCUAUCUGGUGGAAACGCUUACACUCAGCAAAUCUUGUGGAAAUGCCUACAUCUCAGCAACUUGCUUGGAAGUUGCCUAUAUCUGAGCGGCUCACUUAGAAAUUGCCUACACCUCAGCAACUCAUUUGGAAAUUGCCUAAAUCUCUGCGACUCACUUGGAAAUUGCCUAUACCUCAGCAGCUUGCUUGGAAAUUGCCUACAUUUCCGCGACUCACUUGGAAAUUGCCUACUACCUGCUAUGGUGUAUCUCGUGGAAACGCACCUUAUUUGUUAGGAAAACAAACGCAUCUUCAUCCCAUUUGGCUGACGAAGGAAGCCCUACAUCCCCACUAGCGCGGGUCAACAUUCCUUCUACCCCUGGACAAAAAACUUGGCAAUCGCAAGUAGCCAAAUUUGGAUCACCAAGAAAACCUUGAGGCAAGAGCACUGGUGUAAGUGAGGGAGCGUCUUUGAUGCCAAUUGAUCCCUCCAUCUUGCAUUGUAGAUUGUUGUGUGUUGUAGUUAGUAGUAUCGUUGCAUGUUAUAGUUCGAUGUAAAUGACCCUCUGGGGCUACAUCAAUUGGUAUUGUAUGCACUCGUCAUGUGUCGGAUGAUGGUCUGGUUAUCGAGUUAACGUAAGGGUCAUGGUUGAUUGUAGGAUUAGUUAAUAUGGUGACAAUUGUGGACAUUGAUGCCAGUACAUGAAAUGAUUGAUGUACAUAAAAGAAAAAGAAAAAUAUAUAUUAAAAGGGGUUAGUGGUAUACUUUCCAAUGGUACUGUCUUAAACACAAACUUUCAACCAUAUGAAACUCAUAUCCCUUACAUCCUCCAGUUUUUUAUGGACUAUAACCUUCAUGGCAUGAAUUUAAUAAACUUAUCGAAUGUGAAGUUUCGAUCUCCAUUACCUAAAGGUGAUUUAAAAGGCAGCAUUAAUGUUAGCUUUAAGAGCCCACCUCGAUCUCCAUUGGGCUCACCAUUGUAUUCACAAACAAACUAUGACAUCUUCAAUGACACGACCGUCCCAUCGUGGUUGGUGAUUGACAAUUUACAGAAACAGACCACGUGUUUACUUGAAGUUGAUGCUAUUGCAGAAGAUAUAAUUAAUCAGGAAUAUGCAAAAGAUAACAUUGGUAGAAAUCCUGGCUUAAAUGCAAUUUGGGACGAUGAAAAAUUAAGACGUCGACAAAACAAUGAAGAAUCUGUUAUAGAAAUGCCAGAAUCACAAGAGAGAACAAGAUAUACAACAACUGAGCUGGAAAAGUUAAAUUUGCAGCAAUUAAAAGUUGCUCUCAGAGAUCGUCUGAACAGAAGAAAUGACAGUCCUCUUGCAUCAUCGUCACAACAUUCAAGUGAUCUGUCACAGGAGGCUGGAAGUCAACAAAAAAGUUUAAACCAAGCUUCAGACCAACUGUCAAGCAGCAUUGACAACAGUUUAGUUGACAUAUUAGUGGACAUGGCAGAAGAAAGCAGUUUCAAUACGCCGUUAUCUGAAACAACUUUGAUUAACAACGGUUUAGAAGAAGAUGAUGAUAAUACUGAAGAUGACGAAGAAGUGGAAAACUUGAUUAUGUCACAAAUAGUACAUGAUGACCCUUAUACAUCUCCAACGCACCAGGAAGUUGAAAAAAGUCAUGACAAUUCAUGGUCAGAUACAUUCAUUAGUCACAUCCCUCAAUUGGAUGGUCAGUUUGAUAGUGAUGAUUCUGCAACAGCGGAUGAAGAAAGAAACUAUAGCAGAAAGCAAUGUAAAUAUUGUAGAAAAAAUCGUGUUGAUGCUCAAAAUUUUAAUUGUAAAUGCUCAAGUGGAAAGAGGAGAGUACAUUCUCAAGUAGAUGGCAACUUUGAUGGUUUAGAUUCAUCUUCUGACGAUUUUGAGAUUUCUCAAAACAAAUCUAAAAAUAUCUCUAAACACGCUUGUAAAAGUGAAUUUGAUAUUAGUAGAAACACAUUUCAACUGGAAUCACCUUCAUGUUUUAAUAAAGUUCAUGAAAAAUUGGUAACAGAAAAAUCUAUUGACUUACACAAAAAGAAAAAACAUGAAAAAUAUGAUAUGCUUUCCACAAAUCCGAAUAUAUCAGUUCGCAAAGUUUAUCCAAAAAGAACUCGUUCACUACCACUGUACACAUUUAGUAAGAACUUCAGUUGCGUUGAUAGAAGCAAAAUAAAAGCGAAGCACGAGUCAAGUCAGUAUUUACAUAAAAGAAAGUAUAAUUUGAAACAGUUUAAAAUUAUCUUGAAUGAUAUAAUGAAAGAGAGAAAGAAGAGUAAUUCUCAAAAAUGGGAAAUAGGAAGAAAGACAAAAGCAAUAACAGCUGGAGAAUAUCAGAAUGAUUUGAACUACGACAGUUUAAGUGCACUGUCUUUUAAUUCACCAAGUAAAACCAAUGUAAAAAAUUCCCUUCAAAUAAUGUCACUUGCUUCACCAACUGCACCUGAUGAACAAAAUAUGAUUAUUUGUGAGAGUCCAUUAGAGGAAAUGGAAAAAACAGAAGCUAGUCAAUAUUUUGAUUUUGAACAUUUUGACAAGAAUGAAGUUGUUUGUACGGAUUUUAUCUCAACGCAUAGUAAAGUUAAAUCACAGUCAGAGAAUACUGUACAGAAUGAAAAGCAGUCAAAGACUUCUAGUGCCUUUUAUGAAUUUCAGCAUAUUGAAAUUGAUAAUGAAACUGGAGACACGUUACCAAGCCCAUCAGCUAACAAUCCACCAUUUAACCCAUUAGCAAGCAUUGCCAGACACGAAGACCUACCAUCAAGCAAUGCAAACCAUAGAGAACUAUCAGCAAGCGAUGCAGAUCAGGAAUACUCACCAACAAACAAAGAAAACCAUGAAAGCUUCUCAGCAAGCAAUGAAACUCUAGACACAUCAGACAUGUCUGUAGACAUGAAUAGUCCAUUGUUAAUUGAGUCUUGCAGCCCACCAUCAACUCAAGUACAACUGGGGGUCACUGAAACAGCAAAAACACACAAUCUGCACGAUUAUAAAGAAGAGGAAAUACUGGAAGUCAGAACACCAGAUUUUCCUGUUAUACUCACACCAAAAACUUUACCUCCUUCUCGACAUAAAGCAAAUUUUCUUGUUAGUUACGACAUACCGGAGAAGAAUUAUCAAGGGGUAUAUUUCAGUAAAGAAAGUGAUACUGAAUGCACGUCAAGAGUUUUUCACUCAGAUAACAUUGCUGCUGUAAAGACUAAGGUUAAACAGCUGCCAGUUUAUUUUUCAAAUGUGACGUCAUCAAGUUCUUUGAAACAUUUCCAAAAGGCCCAAAUUUCUGAAUAUGAUCCGAGUAUGUCGUACAAUAUUUCUGAAUUCAAUGAAAUUAUAUAUGGAGAUAAAGCAGUGAUCAUAACACCUUGUCAAUUGCCACCCAAACCUUCGAGUAUUCAACAAGAAUUGAAAGCUCAAACGUUACCUCAUAAAACGGACAUAGAAAAGAAAAAUUUGUUGCAGAGUAGAUCAAUAGAAAGUGAGUAUUCUGAGAAUGCACAGAGUGAUUCAAGAAAGAAAACGUCUGCUCGAAGUUUAAAAAAUUCUUCUAAGGCGAAGAAGAAAAGAAUUUCCUUGUUCUCUCCAAUUAAGUUUAUUUCGCCGUCUUCCUGUAUGAAUACGUCAACAAAAGGUUCUUUCGUCCAAUCAAAUUCGACAAUGCUUUUACACAGCACACCGGGUGUGUCUUGCAAACCAUCGGAAUCUUUACCAUUCACUUCUGUUGUUGACAAUCAAAAACAAACUCCUGCCCAAUCCAUGGAAAGUAAACAAAAGCUGGGGAAAAGACUAACUUUCAAGCCGAUUGAAAAAAUAAAUGUAUCUGAUAUAGAAGGAAUUACUCCCAACAAUUCUUACGGCUUCGAUCUGACGCAACAGAACACAAAGGAAGCCAAAGCAUUGCAUGUGAAUCAACAUCUAACCAUUGUAAGCAUGGAGUUACACAUUACAACAAGGAGGGGAUUAAAACCAGACCCAUCUAUUGAUCCUAUCGCCGCCAUUUUUUAUUUUAUUCACGAUGACUCAACAUCUGGUGAAAAGGAUAAGUUGGGUGUAUUUAUCGUAGAUGAUAACUCUAGUGGAAGUUUGUUAUCAAGAACUGGCAUGUCCUCCUUUCCAUGUUAUUGCUUUCAAAACGAGGCAGAUAUGUUAACUAACUUCGCAUUGUUUAUUGAAGAGAAAGAUCCAGAUAUGAUAUUGGGUUACGAAGUGCAAAUGUUAUCCUGGGGUUAUUUGAUCGAGCGAGCAGGUUCUCUUGAUAUAAACAUGAUCACACGAUUAUCGAGAGUACGUGAAAAAGAGAAGGGAGCACCUCCCCCGGAAAUUUCGGAGAAAGAAAAUUGGUUUGGAUUGUUAAUCUCUAUGACGAUCCCUGGAAGGAUUAUUUUGAAUGUAUGGAGGGUGAUGCGAAGUGAGGUUACUUUGCAGAGAUACACAUUCGAAAAUGUUUCAUACCAUGUUCUCCACCAGAGAUUUCCUUUUUAUUCGUUUAAAAAUCUAUCAGAAUGGUGGUUAAAUAAUCAUCAGCGGUGGAGAGUGUGCGAACAUUACAUGACACGAUGUAAAGGCAACUAUGAUAUGUUGGAGCAGAUUGAUUUUAUUAAUAGAACAAGUGAACUGGCGCGAGUGUUUGGGAUUUCGUUCUAUUCUGUCAUAUCACGUGGUUCGCAGUUUCGUGUUGAGUCGAUGAUGUUACGCACUGCAAAACCGCUAAAUUAUGUACCUGUGUCUCCAAGUGUUCACCAAAGGGCUAAGAUGGCUUCACCUGAAUGCAUUCCUCUUGUGUUGGAGCCUGAAUCAAGAUUUUAUGUUGACCCAGUCAUCGUUUUGGAUUUCCAAUCACUAUAUCCUUCCAUUAUCAUUGCCUAUAAUUAUUGUUACUCAACUUGUAUCGGGAGAGUGCAGUCUUUCAGCCGAAGCGAGGAAUUCAAGUUUGGUGCGACCUCCUUGAAGUUGCCUCUUAAUAUUUUGAAGAAACUGGCGAAUGGCAAGAUUCAUAUUUCACCAAACGGUGUUGGUUUUGUAACGGCAGAUGUAAGAAGAGGAAUUUUACCUAGAAUGUUGGAAGAAAUCUUAAAUACAAGAAUAAUGGUGAAAGGAGCUAUGAAAAAAGCAAAAGAAGACAAGAUUUUGUACAAAAUGUUAGAUUCUCGCCAACUUGGUUUGAAACUCAUAGCCAACGUGACGUAUGGUUACACAUCUGCUAACUAUUCGGGUAGAAUGCCUUGCAUCGAGAUUGCAGAUAGUGUAGUAAGAAAAGCAAGAGAGACAUUGGAAAAAGCGAUCCAUCUUGUUAACUCCACCAAAAAAUGGGGUGCAAAAGUUGUUUAUGGUGACACAGACAGCUUGUUUGUGUUACUGAAGGGAGCUUCCAAAGAGCGCGCGUUUCUUGUUGCAAAGGAGAUUAUUGAAGAAGUCACUGCUCUUAAUCCAAAGCCAGUGAAACUGAAAUUUGAGAAGGUGUAUCAACCGUGUGUUUUAAUCACGAAGAAACGCUAUGUAGGAUACAUGUAUGAAACUCUCGAUCAAAAGGAACCGAAAAUGGAUGCUAAGGGGAUUGAGACUAUACGUAGAGAUAAUUGUCCCGCUGUCGGAAAGAUUAUGGAAAAAUCUUUAAAAUUAUUAUUCGAAACUAAAGAUGUUAGUUUAGUUAAAUCGUACGUGCAAACGCAAUUCAAGAAAAUCAUGGAGGGAAAGGUAACAAUGAAAGAUUUGACAUUUGCUAAAGAAUAUCGUGGCAUGAAUCAUUACGCUCCGGGCGCAUGCGUACCGGCUCUUUCUAUUGCACGAAAAGCGUUAAAGUAUGACAGAAGAUCCGAACCCAGGAAUGGAGAGCGCGUGCCCUAUGUAAUUGUACAUGGAAGCCCCGGGUUACCUUUGAUCCAGCUGGUUAGGACUCCGAUGGAAGUGAUUAAAAAUACGAGUUUACGAUUAAAUGGCUUGUACUAUAUUACAAAACAAAUAAGUCCAUCUUUAAAUCGAAUAUUUUCUUUGGUUGGAGUGGAUGUAACACAAUGGUACACGGAGUUACCACGGAUGACACGUGUGCAGGAAGUAAACUUGCAUCAACCAAGUAAUAAAAAAGGCACAAUUUCACAGUACUUUAAAAGCAAACAUUGUCCGGUCUGUGAACAACUUACUACAAAAAAUUUGUGUACCAGAUGUCGCGAUAAUCCACAGCAGACCGUGGUAGUUUUAUCCUCAAGAAUAAUGGCAAUAGAUAACCGAUUGACUCGCUUAACACAGUUGUGUCAGCAUUGUUCCGGCUCACGUAACUUUGACACAGGAUGUGAGUCACUGGAUUGUCCGGUGUUCUAUAAACUUUGCAAUGUAGAAGCUGAGGAGAAGCGGAACGAAAACCUAAGAGAUUUGUUGGACGAACUUCAAUGGUGAAAUUUCUCCAUGAAAACAAGUAAAGAGUGCAGUUCAAUCAAAUAACACUUUCGGGAACUUUUAUCUCAAACAAAUUAUUUUACACUUGCGGACGAUGACUGAAAAAAUAGCCGAUAUUUUCUAAAUUUUUUAAUAUAAAUUAUAAAUUUAUCCUUCUUAUAAAAUAAGAAAGAUAAACAGAAUUGUGACGUAACUUCAAAUAAAUUUUUCUUAUUAUUUAAUGACAUGUAUUUAUAAGUUAUAUAUGAUUUCUAUAAAUAUAAAUUCUACUGAAUAUAUUGUAUGUAAUAUA